AUGAAUCAUCUGAAGCGGGGACGCUGCAUUGUCCUCAACUACAAGCACUUCAGCAGUCAGGAACUUCGCGCUCGAGAGGGCACUGAAAAGGAUGGCUUCUCACUGAAGAAGACUUUUGAAAACCUCAACUUUGACAUUGAAACGCACGAGAAUCUAACAUUGAAUGAGACGUUUGAUGUUCUCCAAAAGGAAUCGAACCGCAAUCACGAGUCCUAUGAUUGCUUUGUCCUGUGCAUUCUCACUCACGGCAGCAAUGGCAUUCUGCACUGCAAAGACCGACAACUGAAGACUGAGCAGAUCUUCAAUCUUUUCACUGCCAAUCGCUGUCGAUCACUGGUUGGCAAGCCCAAGCUGUUCUUCAUCCAGGCUUGUCAGGGCGAGAUGUUUGACUCGGGCACUCUGGUGCACGACUCCCCCGUCGCCUCUCCAGGAUACUUUCUCAUUCCCAACUACGCAGACUUUCUCAUCUUCUACAGCACUUACCCGGGACACUUCUCCUGGCGAAACAGCAGCAAGGGCAGCUGGUUCAUUCAGGAGCUUUGUGAAGUGCUUGAGCAGUACAAUGAAAAGUACGAUCUGAUGACCAUGCUCACUAUCGUCUGCCGAAAGGUCGCUUUUGAGUACCAGUCCAAUGUGCCGAAUAAUCUCGAAAUGGACCGAAAGAAGCAGAUUCCCUGCAUCCUGUCUACGCUGACACGACUUGUUCAGUUCUGA